AUGCAUUUACUUAGCCAGUGUCUGCUGUAUGCCCUUGGCCUCAAAGAGAACACCAGGAACGACGGCCAGCUUGUUGUUACCCCCGGUGGCGAGUUCCGCGAAGGCCUGCAUGUCAUUGAGAAGCUGCUCGGUUAUGCUGUCACUCUGAUGCGCAGAAGUGUUUUCAACCACUACGCCUUCACGCAAUAUUUCGAAUCUGCACCAGCUAGCGACCGGGAUGUCUGGACGAGCAUUACUAUGGACGACUGGAAACUGAUAAUUGAGAUGGAAGCUGUCACGGACCAGCUUGCACAGUUUAGCCUCGGUGAAGUUCAGAAGGAGAGUGUUGCAAGCUCGUAUUGCACUGUGUUGAGCUGCUUGGUGAUCCACCGUCCAGAUGCAAAAGCAACAGAGUUUACACAGCGUCGCGAAACUAAACAAGCCUGUCACUUUUCACGGGGAGGGGUCCGUUGUCGCGAUCGACUCCGUGAGCAGCUUGCACUCCGUUUUCCGCGAAAGCGGGCUUCAUUGUAA